GCGCUUAGAUCACUGAACUCGAACAGUUACGUGACUAGAUGCUAGCUUUUAGAUGGAGUAACUAUUCAAUUAGCUGCUGGAUUUUAACUGAAGUAACUAUUCAAUUAGGUGCUUGGUUUUAGCUGGAGUAACUAUUCAAUUAGCUGCUGACUACAUGCUUGAGUGCUAAGCCUGAUUUGUCAAAUCCACACCCUUUCUAGGCUUUUUACCUGUGUAAGUAUUUAAAAAUAAGAUAAGAUUAUUUAUUGAUCAAAAUAAAGGGAUUUAAAAAAAUACAUUGUAAUAUUAAUUUUAAGCACAUAAUUAAUUCAUACUUUUAAACAAGAUAACAUUUUAAAUCCUUUCUACUUUAAUUUUGUCUAUAAGACUUUAAAAAAAAUGACUUUGAAAACAACAACAAAUCAAGUACUUUUUGAAAAUAUGGUAUCCCAGUCAAGACACAACUGGUUUACUGACUCGGUGUAAAGGCAUCCCUUAAUUAAUAGUUCAGUUAAUGUGAUAGACAAAAUUGUUUUCUUCAAAUUAUACCCUUUUUUGUGUGUGUGGUUAAAUAUUAGAAAUCAAUUUCGUUUCAAAUUUAAAUCCUAGUGUCACAAUAUAUGGUUCUGUGAGACUUUCUCCACAAUUUUAAUAGUGGUGGAGUGAGACUAUAAAAAAAUCAUUUGUAGGUAACGUCAAUAGAAAAUAUCUGUAAAGACCGCUUUAACUGAUUUUGUAUAAGUUAUCAAAAUGGAUAUAUAAUAUUUGUAAAGACAGCUUUUAAUUGAUGUUGAAGAAGUUAUAAAAAUUAGAAUAGAACAUAUUUGUAAACACUGCUCUAAUUGGUUUUAAAUAAGUUAUUAAAGCGCACUUUCGCAUUUGCUGGUCCAACAAUUUGGAACGCCCUUCCUGUCGCUCUCAGAAACUACCAGACACGGGAGUCCUUUAAAACCGAUUUAAAGACACAUAUGUUUCGCAAACACCUUCUGGGAUUAUUGUCUACCAUAUUUUCCAGUUAAUGCAUAUUGGCUGUGUUGCUUAGGGUUUAAAUGGGUAGAAAGACUUUGACUUGCUAUGCUUGUAAUUAGUUUUUGUAGUGUUGCGUUUGUUUUAAAUCUGGUCAAUUAUCGUUUUUUUUUGUUGUUUUUUUUUUGUUGACUUUGUACCGCGCUUUGAGUCUUUGGGGAUGAAGCGUGUUUUUGAAAUAAACUUUAUUAUUAUUAUUAUUAUUAAAUUGGAAUAAAAAAUAUCAAGAGAAUUUCCAUUAUUUAUUCUGUACAACGUUCGGUUUGAAAUGUAAUCUGACUACAAAAACAUAUUGUGCUACUCAUUUCUUCCUUUUAUUUCCAGGUCUUAUCAAUUGUUACAGACAUCGUAGGAAACAAUGACUUAUAAGCUAAUAAAAUUGUUCCUGAUAUAUUUCCUACUGGCAACGUUUCGAGGUUGUAAGUUAAACACUAUCUUUGAAUAAUGUCAGAAUUUAAAUGUAUAAUUUAUUCUUUUUUUUAAAUCUGUAUUUUGCAAUUUAUAUUGUGACGGAAACAUUUCUUACAAAAAUUGUUCCCAUACGUGCUUUUAAAUUAAGACUGGAAUAAGGAAUUUAUUUCAAUAGCCCCCCCCCCUCCACCCCUAAAAAUAUAAUAAAAAAUAAAAAAAUUGUUGAUAUUUUUUUUUUUAAAUUUUUCCAAACCAUAACUACAAGUUUUAAGCUGUGACGGGAAUUUAAAAUAACUAUUACAAAUAUAGUUUGUUGUCAUUUCUUAUGAGUUUUAGAAGUACCAAAACUAAAACAAAUGAAAGCCGUAUUAUUGUUUAAACUCUAGUUUGAAAAUGUAUAUGCUUUUUUUAUUUACAAUCGUGUCAAAUAAAAAAAAAAGAGUAAUACAAAUUCUAGAUAUAGAUAAUGGAGACGUAGAGGAUAAUUUCUAAAAGUUAAAUACAUCUAUAUUUUCAACACACCUUGGGACUAACAAGAAAUGCAACACACACUGGGACCAUAGAUAACUUUUAACAUACACUGGAAAAUAGAGAACUUGUAACAUUCAUCGUAUGGUAAUUGUUAACACAUUUAAGUCGUUGAUCUCACUGUACAACCUGUAUAAUAUUCAGCAAAAUUGAUUAUAUUUAAAGUGUAAGUAAUAAAAUAUCCGUUUUAGUGGUUAUUUUCACCAUUUACCCUAAAACUAAUUUUAGAAUACUGCGUUAGAUAUAGAGCUUGUCGAGUCAAAUGUGGACGAACAACAACCCAGUAGGGUCCUACCUUAACAGGGACCCGACUUUCCGGCAUUUCACACAAUCCCACAAAGAGGUGUAGGCCAGUUUGCUUCCAGCUCCAAGCUUGAUGUCAAGGAUGCAAGGACGUCAUACGAGUCGUACGUUCAAGAUAUAUUCAAUGGCCAAGUCGACCAGAUGGACCUCACGGCAAAUGUGUUAGUCGGGGUCACAAAGGAAUCGUUUAGCUUGUCCCAACCCUCUACCCACAGAUUAGUAUAUUAUUUGAUUACAGUUAACAUUAUAUUGUCUUGUGGUGAUAAAUGCAUGGCAAGCAUUUGAAAUUUUUUAGGCAUAGUAAAGCAAAAUAUAUCGUGUUGAAUAAUUUAAAUUAUUUUUUUUACAAUAGUAGAAACCAGAGUGACAACAUUGAUUAAAAUAGUGGCUACUGACGUAGUACUUGAUCAGAAUGAACAAACCAUCCACGAAGUCAAUCUAGCAGGCUGUGCAUUCAGAUGUCGCAACUCUCAAGAGAAAUGUUGCAGUUUUUACUACAACAGGCAGGCACGAGAAUGUACAUUGGGUAAUAUUUUGCACACCGUCUUUAAGAUAAGUUUGUGUUCAAAUUGUUUUGUUUGAAAAAUGUGGCCUUAAUUAAAUGAUCUAUUUAUUAAUAUUGUGAAGAUGUAAAUGUACAAUGCAAUCAAAAACAUUUCCAUUCAUUUGGAUCAAUAAAAGAAUCGUAUAUUAUAUUAUCUUAUAAAUGGAUUAUUUUCUUUUCCUGAUGGAUUACAUUUUUAUUGUCCAUGGUACACCAAACUACGGCCGGAGGGCCGGAUUCGGCCCACCGACGGCACUUUAACUUGCUUGAUAAAACAUAUCGAACACAUGACGUUGUGAUACAAUGUAAAUUUAAAUACAAUGUUUAGAAUACAAGGAGAUCAUCAAACGUGUUGAGACCUCCUAGCUGCUAUGCGCCUUAAAUUUAUCAUUUUCAAUUUUCAAUUAUUGUAUCUGUAUUUUCGUGUUUAAAUUAAUUGUAGUUUGGCAUAUUUCGCCCAAGUCCUCCCCCCACCCCCCCCCCAACCCCGGCUCGUGGUAGCUCCGACUACGCUCUGACGUUAGUUGUGAUACAAUGUAAAUUUAAAAUCAAUGUUUAGAAUACAAGGAGAUCAUCAAACGUGUUGAGUCCUCCUAGCUGCUAUGCGCCUUAAAUUUAUCAUUUUCAAUUUUCAAUUAUUGUAUCUGUAUUUUCGUGUUUAAAUUAAUUGUAGUUUGGCAUAUUUCGCCCAAGUCCUCCCCCCCCCCCCCCCCCAACCCCGGCUCGUGGUAGCUCCGACUACGCUCUGACGUUACCUUGGUUAACACCUAUGAUUUACAUGGCAAAGUAAACUUAGUUUUUUCGUCUUUUUCACCCAGAGCUUUCGUUCUGGCUUGCAAGUAUUGUACAGAGUGAUUAUAUGGCCCGCGCUCUUCAUUUUUGUCAGUUAUCGGGCCCACUGGGAAAAAAAGUUUGUUGACCCGUGGUUCAUUCGAAUCAAAUGAUGUAAUCCGUUGAUGCAUAGAUUAAUAAUUGAAGGACUGCAUUCAAGUUGUGUAAAUAUAAAAUAAAGACAAGGUAUUCUAAACUUGAAUUCAUAGACAGGAGAAAAGAUUUAAAUCCUACUUCCCGCAAAAAAAAAAAGGAAGGAAAUCUUUAAAAUGUGUUACUUCUUUUUUGUCUUCUUUGCUGAUGAAGGCUCUAAGCCUGAACGACUAAAUCUUUUUUCCUGUCCAUGAAUUCAAGCUUAGCAUACCUUGUCCUUAUAUUUCAUGUAUAAGUUAAGCCAGUCGCCUAAAGCACAUAUUCGAAACAGCCCACACAUCUUUAUAUGCGCAUCAGACUUUUCUUAGUCGGGUUCCCAGAGGUUGGUGAAAAUUAUGUGUCAUCGGUUAAGGCUAUGGUGAUUGGUAACAUGUGUUUUGUGUAUUUCUGUACGUAGAAUUUAUAUUUUUAUGUCUGCUCAUUUGUGCCCCUUGUAUUUAUGACGUUUGUAUUUGGGAAACGGGCGUUAGUAGGUAACUAUAUAAUUACAUUGAUGGGAUACAAGAAAAGCUGUUUCCAGGCAAGCAGACUGGUAAUCUAAAUUAAUAAAUUGCAUUUCCAUAUUGGGAUAAAGCAAUCUGCUAAAUUAUUGAAAAUUAUGUUUAGCGAAAAUACACCGCUUUAAAGACAAAUUAACGUAUUGUUUUCUAUUUUUUAACGUCUACUAUUUGCUGAUGUUUUUGGCCUCAAUCAUCUGACCCCGAUACACAGUUCCAACUGUGUGUUACAGUGUAGACUGUUGAGUACAGGAGUUCAUUAAUAAUUGUUGCGCACGGUGUGUGUUUGAGAGUUUUAUGAGUUAGUGAACCGUCUUCCCGCGCUUGACUGGGUGACGUAUUUUUAGGCUCAUUAUGACGUAUUGUCUAGUCUGUAUUGUGACGGACGUUUUAUUCGUCUGGCAGUCAUGAAAAGAUUUUUGUGAUAAGAGGUUGUGGUUUAUUUCUGUCUGAAAACGAGCUCCGCUAUAUGCAUGCGUUUAUAGACUUAACAGCCUGUGUUUAUAAUUAGAUAUUUACGUUACAUUUAUUGUGAUAAAGGACUUGAGUUGAUUCAGUGCUAGUACGACGUAUUACAACGUGUGAAAAAAAAUGAUGAAUUAACCAAUUUAAUAGAAACAGGAGUUGACAUACACCGAUGUACAAUCUAUACCCACAUUUUUUGAACGCAAGCUCUCAUUGUAUGGCUUCAGGAUAUAAAAAAAAAAAUUAGCUUUUCCCGAACGAGGCUUGUUUAGGAAAAAAAUCGACACUCUACUGUGAAUCGAUUUUGCCUGCAUUCACCUCUCUCUUACACACGUCUUGUUUUUCACAUUUGCUGCCUUACAAUUGGACUUCCAUUUUUUUCUCAGUGAUUCGAACAGCAAUCGAUUAUGUCAACAGUCUGUCCCCGUUAUCUUGACAUUGCCUUACCGGCGAGGGCGUGCCAUAUUUACAACGUGCAUUUCUUAAGUAAAUAACAUUUAAUAUUUCCUCCAGCUAAUUCCUUGCAUCAACGGAACAUAAUACUUGGUGUCCACCCUUUAAUAAAACAGUUAAAACGUAUCAUCUGUAGUAGUUUUACCAAUCCCUUUCUUCAGGCUUCUGGCUGCUGCCUUCAACGAAACCCAGAGAUCAAAUGACAGAUUUAUUCACUGUUGGAACAUCUUUCAAUACUUCAGACGCAUUGGGACCUUGUAGAGGUAUUGCUACUACGUCGAAAUAACUCAACUAAUGAUCAUAAAUUUGUUUUGUUUUAGUUAUAAUAUAAAUAUUAUAUGACCGAUUAGAUAAUAAUAAUAAUAAUAAAGUUCAUUUCAAAAACACGCUUCAUCCCCAAAGGCUCGAAGCGUGGUACAAAGUCAACAAAAAACAUAUCUAUAAUUUACCACAUUUAAGACUAACGCCACACUACAAAAACUAAAUACAAACAUACAAUGGCAAAGUCUUUUUAGCCAUUUCAACCCGAAGCAACACAGCCAUUAUGCAUUAACUGGAAAAUAAGGUAGAUGCCGAGCUAUCAACACGUCGAAAAGGGGAGCUUACUCCCCCCCUCCUCUUCCCGACCCAGUAAAAAUAAAUUUAAAAAAAACAAUAAAGAAACAAUAAAAUGAAAACUUUAAAAAGUUUUCUGUCUGUAUGUUUAGAAAAAAAGCGGUGGGGUUGAUAUUACCAAUGAAAUACACUUUUCAAAUGUCAAUCACUUAUAAGAGUAUCAAAUAAUGUAUAUUAAUCAAUUUUGUGUACCUUCGUCCUUCCUUCAUUGUACGGACACCAUAUUUUAUUUAAACAUAUGAAUAUGUUAUAUCUUAGGGACAUCCGAUUUUGGGAUGACAGAAAAUGUAGAACCGGAUGUUAAAAUGCAUCGGAAUUUCUGUAACACUUCAGCCAACUUUACGGUAUUAAGACUUGGAAGCACCAGUGUUUGCAUCUGGAUAUCAAGCAAAAACAGUUCUUAUAUAGCAGCAAAACCCGACUGCAUCGGUCAGUUGAAUUGGUCCUUUAAGAAAAUAUAAUUGUUGAAUAAUUAAACAAGAGAGUGUCACUGUAUCUACAUUUUAUGUUUCCUGCACGAGAGAUUAUCCCAAUUGUAAAUCGUCAUUUUCAUUUUGAGUAUUAUAUAGCAGCUAAAGUAAAAGCAUACAUUUAAAAAAACAAAAAACAAAAAGAAACACAACAAACUACGUAUAAUACGUGAGCCAGUAGCGGCAAAACCAUUAAAGUAGCUUUAGUGAUUGUGUUAAAUACGUAAUUUUGAUAAUUACGAUUACUUUAAUAACUGUAAUAUUUUUAAACAAAAAUAUUUCACUAUUGCUAUUCUUAGCUAAAGGAGCAAACUUAUACACGUUUAAAACUGUGGAUAAAACCCGAAUUUUUCUUAACAUCUCUGACUCCUACGUGUCUGACUUCUGGCUGGGGCUGGAUGACAUGCAACAAGAAACAGUGUUCAGGUGGGCAGAUGAUGACUCCAUAACAAACGUAACGAAUCUCAACAUUCCGUUUAAAGGUAGGUAAUUAAAAUCGAGUCCAAAUAAUCAUUUUCGUGCCUCAUAUUAAGAGUAUAAUGUGUCAAAUCUUGUAUCUGAAAUCUCAAGUGUCACUGGUUAUAUCCUAAACUUGAUGAAUCAUGUCUUUUAUCUAAAAAAAAAAAAUCAAGUCUCACUGGUUAUAGAUAAAAAAACAAACAUUUAUCAAGUUUAAAAAAAAUCUAAACCAUAGUUUUCAACGGUUAUAUCAAGAAAACCACGAAUCCAAUCUAAUUAUUAGAUGGAAUCCAUCAACAAACACACCAAUAUUGCACAGUGAAAGAUAACACGGGGUAAUAAUGUUAAUUUUAAUUUGCUCUAACCAUUGAUUAUAUAAAUACGAGAAAGUUUGGUUCACUUUGCGACAUGGUAUUCCCACUAAAUAUGAACAUUUGUUUUAGCCCUCCGUAUGACGUAUUUCUUCUUAAUAUUGUUUUCAAACUUUUCUUCAACAUUUAUGGUUUUACAAGUGGAGCUCUCAGAAUAGCUAACUGUAGUUCCAAUAAACAUCAAUCCUAAUGUAUUUAUAAUUACUUUAUAUAUUACACAUUUAGGUAUUUUUAUAUAGCGCUUACCUUAAAGCUCUAAGCACUUUACAAUUAUUAAAAACAUGUAAACUAAGUUAAAUAAAAAAUUUAAAAAAAAACAUAUAUGGCAGAAGAUUCCAGCGAGUCUUACACGAGCUUAAAAAAAAAAAUAAAGAUGAAGUAUUCUAAAAUGAUAUAAAACCUAAGAAAGAGGUGUUACAGUAAAAAGUAGCAUGUUUUUUUUUUUUUAAAUUGAAAUAAUGCGUUACACUUUUCUCAUUUUCAAGCACCAAAAAUUCAAAUGUGUAAAUUAAAUUUUUAUACUUAAUGUGCUUGAACAAUGAAUUUUUAAGCAAAUGAAAUGUUUAUUAGUUUGGGUAGACCAAAAAAAAAAGGCACAGAGCUUCUCAUCUUAUUUUAAUUUUUUUUUAUCGCAGACAUAUUAAUUAGAAAUUACAACGCAGACUGCAUUGCUUACAUCAGGGAUAAUAAAACUAAUUUUUUUUUUUUUAAAUUGAAAUAAUUCGUUACACUUUUCUCAUUUUCAAGCACCAAAAAUUCAAAUGUGUAAAUUAAAUUUUUAUACUUAAUGUGAUUAAAAAAUGAAUUUUUAAGCAAAUGAAAUGUUUAUUAGUUUGGGUAGACCAAAAAAAAAAAGGCACAGAGCUUCUCAUCUUAUUUUAAUUUUUUUUUAUCGCAGACAUAUUAAUGAGAAAUUACAACGCAGACUGCAUUGCUUACAUCAGGGAUAAUAAAACUAUCGACGACCUUGGUUGCACAGAGGGCAAACGCUACAUUUGCGAGAUGAAUCCACAAUGCUCUUAAGUCUACCUUGUAGAGGGAUAUAUAUAAUGACGGAACAAUUGCAAGCCCACAAGUUAGAAGAAAAAAAAACACCAUUAUUUUUAAAAUUGAAAACAUUUUCCUUCCGGCAUCACAAAAAUAUUAUACAUUAAGAAAAAGGCAAUUUCCAUUUAUAUAAAAAAGAAUCAAUUAAUAUUUCGUACUUUUCACCUUGUUCAUACGCAAACAAUAUAAUGACCUCUGCUAAAAAUAGAGUUUUCUUUUAUUUCUAAGGGGAAAUCAUCUCACGGUUUGCCAGAAAUUUAAAAAAAAAAAUUAACUAAAAAAAAUUAGUACAAUUUGAACUAAAUAUU